GACAUGAGAGACUUGUUGUGAUUAACAAAGAAAGAAAGACAAGAAUGAGUAGCAAGAACUUGGGAGCUGCUCCUGCUGCAGGUUCUGGAGGCAAUAUCAACGGUAAGCUUCCAAUGGAGGAGAACGAAGAAGAAGAGAUGUGGAAAGUGACUGUGUCUAGGUUUCAAGCAAGAGAAGAAGAGAUAGAGAGGAAGAAGAUGACUGUUAAGGAAAAAGUUCAACAGAGGCUCGGUUUUGCUGAGGAAGCUACAAGAUGCUUGACUCAAACAUUGGAAGAACUGGAGAUAAUGGGAGAUCCAAUGAGAAAAGAAGUUGGAAUGGUGAGGAAGAAAAUCGACAUGGCGAAUCGAGAUAUCAAAUCUUUGGCUCAAAGCUGUCAGAAGAAGGAGAAGGAAUACAAAGAGACAUUGGAAGCUUUCAACGAAAAGAACAAAGAGAAAACUCACCUUGUUUCCAUGUUAAUGGAGCUACUGGCUGAAAGCGAGAGAUUAAGGAUGAAGAAACUGGAGGAAAUCAACAAGACUGUUGGAACUUUGCAAUGAGGAGAGGAAACACUCCACAUGGAUCUUACCUUUAAAUUUCGUAUUAGACUCUCUAUUCAGGUCAUUUCAAUUAAAAGUGAGCUAAGAUGUCGCAUGAUGCACUAUUAAAGAAUGAUUUUUCUAA